GCAUGUUGUACAACCUUCUCCGUUGUACGUAGGUGUGACCCUGAUGUCAUACCGUACCACUACCGUAAUCCCAUGGGAGACCGUACCGUGCGAGAAAACUUGGUGGCAGUUCUUCAUGUGUUAUCCAACGUGAGAGAAAGAGAAAAAUGAUGAAAGAUGAAAAUAUGGCGAGGAAUAUACAAAUCGGCACAACGGAUCAAACCGAGACUGAAAUCAAUACUUUCACUUCUUGGACGAGUACGAACAGGUUGUGCCUUGGAAAGAACUCUGUAAUUUUUAAAAAGUUUCUGGGCCAUUGCUGGCGGCGGAAGUGGAUGAGAACCCCCGGAGUCGAGCUCCGUCACCGUUUGUGACCACCGCGCUAUGGAUGAGAAUUUCAAUUCGCUUGCUGAGAAGCAGAAGGAGGGUGGCGUUGUGUAUGACGUGAAAGUUCUCAAGGAGAACGAGUAUGAGGACUUCUUUACAUCACCACUCCAGUCAUCAUCUCCUCAUGACAUAUUAUCCGCUGAGCAGCCGCUGAAGUUGUGCUCCACGGCCGCGUACGGCAAAUUCUAGAACAUUUGACCGACGUUCUAAAAUUCCUGAAUGUGUUCCUGCCUUAAUUAACAUACGACAUCCAAGAAUUUUAUAGGGGUCAGCGGUUAAUGAGUGAGCGUCUUUGUCGCGAGCGUAAUCCUGGAAUAUCCAUCAGAUGGAC